GGGUCCUACUCGUCUACUUAUCCUGGCUUCACAGCCCCAAAGCCCAGCAGGUGUUGGUACAGAAAUGAAAAGAAAUGCUGAGAAAUAAAACUUUUCUCUUCUAACUUGGAUAUUUAUCAUGGGUAUCGGGAAGUCUAAAAUAGAUCCCUGCCCUCUUUCUCUCCCUUUGGGUAAAAGCCACAGUGUGGAUACAAGUCAGAGACGACAUGAGUCGGAUUCUAAGAAAUCUGACAUCUCCCUGCAUGAUGUUGCUGAGCAGAGCUGCACAACAGAGAUGCCAGCGGGAGAGCUGGCGGGAGCUGCGGGCGUGGAUGGGAUGUCUGAAGAGGAGUCAGAAGAAGAGGUGUUCUUCAAAUUUGUGAUAUUGCACGCAGAGGAUGACACAGACGAAGCUCUCAGAGUCCAGGAUCUGCUCCAAAAUGACUUUGGCAUCAAACCUGGAAUCAUCUUUGCUGAGAUGCCAUGUGGCAGACAGCAUUUACAGAAUUUAGAUGAUGCUGUAAAUGGGUCUGCAUGGACCAUCUUAUUGUUGACUGAGAACUUUUUAAGGGAUACCUGGUGUAGGUUCCAGUUCUACACGUCCCUAAUGAACUCCGUUAACAGGCAGCACAAAUACAACUCUGUUAUACCCAUGCGGCCCCUGAACAACCCCCUCACCCGGGAAAGGACUCCCUUUGCCCUGCGAACCAUCAAUGCCCUGGAGGAAGAAAGCCGUGGCUUUCCCACACAAGUGGAAAGAAUUUUUCAGGAGUCUGUGUAUAAGACACAGCAAACUAUAUGGAAAGAGACAAGAAAAAUGGCACAAAGGGAAUUCAUUGCCUGAGGUGGAACACAGAACACGUGGCUGGCUCUCGACUUAUAAAACAAAUGAUUUAUCUUCACUUGAGAAAGUAACUUCCAGGAAAGGUUUAAAUAAAAGAGAUCCUAUUCUUAUAGGAAUCUAGAGAGCACAAGGGAGAUAAAUUUCUGCCAGACAAUCAAAGAAUUGUGGUACUUCUUGAAUUUUCAAUAAACUCGAGAAUGUCAGUUUCAA